AUGCCCCGCGGGGCAGCGGCGCUGCCUGGAGACCGUCGGCGGGGCGGGGCGGGGAGGAUGCUCCGGCCGCCGCGGGGUGAGGCGGCAGCAGGGCAGGGUGCGGCGCUGCGGGUCCGGAGGAUGUGGCGGCAGCGCUGGCGGCAGCAGCGGCAGGAGGAGCGGGGAGCGAUGCGGUACUGCGCGCCGGGGCCCUGGCCGCACGGCGGGGGCGCGCUCACCACCCUCCUGCUGACAGCGUUUUUGUUAAGCUCUGCUGAUGGCAAUAGCGGAACAGUUAACUGGACGACUAAGCAAGCCCACAGUUAUAUUAUCAGCAGAAUAAAGGCUGUUGAGAAGAAUGGUGAAAUAAGUAAUGAUCCUAUAACAUUUAAUACCAAUUUAAUGGGUUACCCUGACAGACCUGGAUGGCUACGCUAUAUACAGAGGACACCAUACAGUGAUGGAGUGCUGUAUGGCUCACCAACUGUAGAAAAUGUGGGCAAACCAACCAUCAUUGAGAUCACUGCAUAUAACAGGCGUACCUUUGAGACAGCAAGGCAUAAUUUGAUCAUUAAUAUAAUGUCAGCAGAAGAUUUUCCUUUACCAUAUCAAGCGGAGUUCUUCAUACGGAAUAUGAAUGUAGAAGAAAUGUUAGCAAGUGAAGUUCUUGGUGACUUUCUUGGAGCAGUGAAAAAUGUAUGGCAGCCAGAACGUUUGAAUGCCAUAAACAUUACUUCAGCCCUCGACAGAGGAGGGAGAGUUCCACUUCCCAUUAAUGACAUGAAAGAGGGUGUGUAUGUUAUGGUUGGGGCAGAUGUUCCAUUCUCCUCAUGCUUACGAGAAGUGGAAAACCCACAAAAUCAGCUGAGAUGCAGUCAAGAAAUGGAGCCUGUAAUAACCUGUGAUAAAAAAUUUCGUACUCAAUUCCAUAUUGACUGGUGUAAAAUCUCUCUGGUUGACAAUACAAAGCAAGUUUCCACCUUUCAGGAAGUGAUUCGUGGAGAAGGGAUAUUGCCUGAUGGUGGAGAAUACAAGCCACCUUCUGAUACACUGAAAAGCAGAGACUAUUACUCGGAUUUCCUAAUUACACUGGCAGUGCCCUCGGCAAUAGCACUGGUGCUUUUCCUAAUACUGGCCUAUAUCAUGUGCUGCCGACGGGAAGGAGUGGAAAAGAGAAACAUGCAAACACCAGACAUCCAGUUGGUCCACCAUAGUGCUAUACAGAAAUCAACCAAAGAGCUUCGUGACAUGUCUAAAAAUAGAGAGAUAGCAUGGCCUCUUUCCACGCUUCCAGUGUUCCACCCAGUUACUGGUGAGAUUGUACCCCCCCUUCACACAGACAGCUAUGAUAACACCAGUAUGCCACUGAUGCAAACACAGCAGAACCUGCCACAUCAGACUCAGAUUCCACAGCAGCAGAGUGCAGGUAAAUGGUAUUCCUGAGGAAAGAAAACUAACAGAAGCAAUGAAUUUGUAAUUGGAGAAGGCAGCACAUUGUCUUACUUUCUUAUUUGUUCUGAUUGAUGCAUGAGUUUUUCUGGUGUACAUUGUGCAUGCCCACAGUAUUGAGAUGAUUUCAGUGCCAGAGAGUACAAUCACUUCCACACAACUAAUGUACUGUAUCCUUUUGUACUUUGGAUGUUUUUGACAAUUUGUAAACACUGAUAACUUUUUAUAUUUGUUACAUUCAGAAAAGAAUCUUUCAAAUAUAUGUAUUAAUAAAUAUCAGACUUUA